AAAAACAAAUGUACAGCUGCCUGUCUCUGCCCUGCCCCCUUUGCUAAAAAAAAAAAACCCCAAAAAAACCAAACAAAAAAUUCUCUUAUUUCUAAUCCGUGUCGAAACACAGCGGACGGGCUGUCUGUAACAAUAUACAACCUAGAUAGAAGAACCGGCAUUAAGGACUCGUGUUUGAAUGAGACACGAUGAUGAAGAAGCAGUUCAAUCGUAUGAAGCUCUUGGCUGCUGCGGGGAAGGCACAAGAUGCGACUGAUCUCCUCAGUGAAGACUUGGUACAGGUGGAGCAGAGGGUGGAGCCAGCGAAGAAAGCCUCCCAGAUCGUCCACAAGAAGCUGAUUGGCUGCCUACAAGGACAGCAGGGAUUGGACGCCGAGAAACGCAUUAAAAAACUGCCCCUGCUGUCUCUGUCUCUUAGCAUGGCUGAAAGCUGCAAGGAUUUUGAUGGGGAGUCCAGCAUUCGGAGAGUGCUGGAAAUGUGCUGCUAUAUUGAGAAGACGCUGGCGAAGGCGUUGGCUGAUUUUGAAGUUCAGCUGGAGAAAGAAGUUCUGGAGCCUUUGAACAAGCUGAGUGAGGACGAUCUCCCAGAGAUUCUCAGGAAUAAGAAGCUUUUCGCUAAACUGACGACCGACUGGAUCAGUGCGAAGAACAGGAGCAGCUCGGGGGGGCAGGAGGAGGUGGAGGAGACCUGGAGGAAACUGGAACAAGUCAAAGACAUCUAUUCGGCAGAUCUGUACCAUUUUGCGACGAAAGAAGACGACUAUGCCAACUAUUUCAUCAGAUUGCUGGAGCUCCAAGCGCAGUAUCACAAGAGGUCCUUCGAAAUCUUAGACCCCAUGAUAACCGAACUGAAGGAAAACAGCAACAUCACAACCUCCCAGGGGAACAGCUCCUCCCAGGGCGUCUACGGCGUCUCUCUGGCCACUCACCUGAGAACCAGCUCCAGACAGAUCGCCCUCCCCAUUGAAGCGUGUGUGAAGAUGCUGCUGGUGAAGGGUAUGAGAGAGGAGGGCCUCUUCAGACUGGCAGCUGCAGCCUCUGUUGUGAAGAAGCUCAAGGCGGGGCUGGACUGUGGAAACAUCGACCCCACGGAGUUCUACUCCGACCCCCACGCCGUAGCGGGUGCUUUAAAGUCUUACCUGAGAGAGAUGCCACAGCCAAUGAUGACCUUUGAACUCUACAAUGAUUGGUUUAAAGCAGCCAGUGAAAAAGACCAACAGAAAAAGCUGGAGGGUUUUCAAGAACUGUGUUGCAAACUGCCACCAGAAAACUACAACAAUCUUAGGUAUCUUGUUAAGUUCUUGACUAAGCUAGCGGAGCUUCAUGAAGUUAAUAAAAUGUCCCCCAGCAAUAUCGCCAUCGUCCUGGGUCCUAACUUGCUGUGGCCACAGAACGAAGGCGAGACGUUGAUGCUGGACAUGGCGACCGCAUCCUCGGUGCAGGUGGUGAAGGUCAUCGAGCCUCUCAUUCAGUUUGCAGACAGGCUGUUCCCUGGAGAUGUCGAUUUUGAUAUCCCGACCCUCCCCAGCACCCCAACGGCAGUAGAGAAAGCCGUCCCACCUCCAGAGGAGAAGACAGUGGAGGAGCCAGCAGUCCAGACGGCGCCCCCUACAGGCAGAGGCAGCAUAGCCCCAGACAGCCCCCCGAAGUCCAGCCUUCAGGUCAGUACCUCCGCUCCAGCCAUCAUAAAGUCCGGUUCUGUGACACGACAGACCAGCCUGUGGGACAAUAUGAACCAGAACCAGAACCAGAACCGGGGCGGAGAGACCCAGGCCAUCCAGACACCAGCCCCCGAGACCCAGCCUCUCCCAAAACCUGGGGAGCCCUGCAGAGGCCCGGAUCUGCGCUGCUGUUUGAAAAUCCUUCAGCAGACGAACCCUCUGAUCCGCCUGUUGGGCCCGGCCGCCAAAAAAUCUGCAAACCACAGGCCUGCCAUCACCCAGGCCCCAGCUUGUGAACCGACUUCCAAAGCACUGAACCGGAUCAAGCCUCAGGCUCAAGUGAACACCCCAGCCCACAGGGAGAGCUGCGCCUCCAAGCCUAACCCAACCCUCCAGGCCCAGGCUUCACCGCAAAAGGCAGCCAGAGGGCGGAACCGCGCUAAAGGCGGUCUCAAAGUGCCCAAUUUCCCCCCGCCCCUCCCUCCUCAGCAGCCAAUCAAAAAACAGGUGUAGUCUCCUUCAAAGUAAGCUCCUGAAAAGGUAGUUUUGACCUGUUACAGAAUCUGCGACGGACAAUGGCUUUUCCAGGAAUCUCUGGAGAGGGUCUCCACGUAUAAAAUCAAAAAAUGGUGCAAACUUUUUUUUUUGUGGUCAAACUGUGACCCCAUUUUGUUAACCCUGUUAGUCCUGGAGUUCUGCCUUAUCUUGGCAUCCUGCCGUUGUGUGUGUGUGUGUGUGUGUGUAGUUCAAUAAUCAGGACGGACGGGGUUAAGUUCGAGGUGAAUUCCGCUCCACGCUCGUAGCAACAGGAGAGAGCUCCCUAGCAACCAGAAGUUAUUGCCAUCUUUGGUUUUGCAGAUUUAUCACUUCUUUGUCCUGUAUAAAGUGCUUUAAAUGUGUUCUGACCAAUUUAUUGUAUAGUCCAAUUAAAAAUAUAAUUUAAUUUAAUUUAAUAAUAUGCUAAGGCUUGGACAAAAUAAUAGGAACACCUGCCACAGCACUGUCAGUAUCACAGCAUGGCGCUAAUUCACCUGCUAUACCACUGUCAACAGCACAGCAUGGGACUGAUUCACCUGCUAUACCACUGUCAACAGCACAGCAUGGGACUGAUUCACCUGCUAUA